GCGGCCAGUUAGGAGCUGGCUAAGGUGAAGCUAACGCUAACGUGAUGACGACCGUCUCUAAAGUGGUUCUGGGAGUUUCUGUGGUUCUGACUCUAAGUACCGUGGCUGCCGUGCAUCUCAACCAGUCCUGGGACCGACAGCGUCUCCAUCAGGGCGUCGUCAGGGAUCUGGAGCGCCUGGAGAGGAAGAAGGAGAACCUACGUCUGCUGGAGGAGCAGAGGAUUCUGACCUCACAGCUGGAGGAGGAGAGGCUACGCAGAGAGGCGGAGCGCCGUCCACAGGACCACUGAGACC